AUAUUUAUAGCAGCAUUAUUCAUAAUAGCCAAAAAGUGGAAACAACCCAAAUAUCCAGCAGUGAAUGAAUGGAUAAACAAAUUAUGACAUUCAUACAGUGGAAUAUUAUUCAGCUCCUUUUUGUGACUGAACUUGAAAAACAUUGUACUAAUUGAAAUAAGCCAGACACAAAAGUUCACAUAUUGUAUGAUUCCUUUUAUAUGACAUAUCCAGAACAGGCAAAUCCAUAGAGACAGAAAGCAGAUUGGAGGUUACCAGGGGAGUGAUUACUUAAUGGGUAUGGGGCGUUUUUAUGGAGUGAUGAAAAAAUUUUGAAACUAGGCAGAGAUGGUAGUUGUACAGCAUUGUUAACACACUAAAUACCAUUGAAUUGUAUACCUUGUGUGGUUGAUUGUAUGUUGUAUGAAUUUCAUCUCUUAAAAAAAAGGUUGAUAUGCAGUCAAAAUCCCAGCAGUAUUUUUAAUUGACCUUUACAAGCAGAUUCUAAAAUUCAUAUGAAAGAGUAAGAAUUUUAGGAAAAAAGGAAAAAGGGGAGGGGCUUGCACAACCACAUGUCAAAAUAUAUUAGUAUUGUUGUUAGUUGCCCUAGAGUUGGCUCCAUCUCAUGGUGACCCCACGUCUGCAGAGUAGAACUACACUCCAUAGGGUUUUCAAGACUGUGACCUUUCAGAAGCAGAUCGCCAGUACUUCUUUGAGGCACCUCUGGGUGGGUUUGAACCACCAGUAUUUGAGUGCUUAACUCUUUGCACCACCCAGGAAUUUCAAAUUAUAUGAGUAUGAAAAUAAAAUAGUUUGGCUUAGCUACAGUAAUAAGUAGCUUAAUGGAACAGAGUAGGUUCUCAAAAUGGACUGUUGCCAAAUGGUUAUCUAGUGCAAAAUCUCUAUAGUUGCUUGUAUGCACUCUCCCAAAGUCUUAGUGGACAUAUUUUCUUCCUUUGUUUUUUCUAAAUGUUUGCUGCAUUCUUAAGUAUGACUUUCUUUGGUUUUGUGAAACCUUGGGGUUGUUAUUUUUCCAUGAAUUUCAUAAUGGAAAGAGAUAAGAAAAAUAAAAUUUAUUAUUAUGAAUAACUUGAUGCUCUCAGGAACAAAGUCGUCUAUAAAGGGAGGCUUACGCAUUUGAAAAUGAAGGUCAGAUGAGAGGCAACAUAUAGCUUAAUGGAUUAUGAGCUUUGGCUCUGGUAUGAGGUAGACUAGGUUCCGUUUACUAGCUGUAUGUCUUGGGGCUGGUGGCUUAACUAAACCUGUUUCCUCAUUUAUAAAUCAAGAAGCACCUACUUUAUAGAAUUGUUUUGAAGAUCAGAGAAUGCCAUGCAUAUUAAAUGUUUAGCACCGUUUCCAUCAUAGAAGUGUUUGAUGAAAGUUAGAUGAAACUACUUUUUUUUUAAUUAAUAAAGACUUUUAGAAGGACUGUGAGGGAUUUCUGCUUUUAAAUUCUCAGAUAUGUGGUAGUCAUGAAGAUUUCAGGCAACUUUAUUUUCAAGUCAGUUUCAUAGUUUUCUUGAGGGAGAUAAAUUAUUAUUUCCUUAGGAAAAUGUUUGAUUAUGUAAUGAGGCUUAGAGAAAACCAGUCCUGAAUCCAGCUACCUUUUACUUACCUGCUGUGAAAAUUUGAGCAAGUUACUUGCUUCAGUGAAGUUCUUUAUUUUUACAGAGAAUAUGAGAAAAAGAAAUGGGUUUGAAUUUCAGUGAGAGAGAUUUAGGUUAGAUGUAAGCACUUUCUGAUUGUAAGGCUGCCAGGCAGAUAAGAGGGACUCCUUUGUCACCACUAGGAGACCAUGCCAGAGGAACUUUCCCUUUCUGGUCUCCUGAGGCUUAUUUUGGGGCUUUUGGGAACCCAUCUAGAUGGAGCUUAAACCUGGACUUUAAUCCAAACUCCCUGCUGGAUUCUGGCUGCCACUCAGUGUUGGUUAGUCUCCCAUUCAUACAGUAGAGCAUUCUGAUACUUUUUUUCCUAUUUGGACAAAUAAAUGAAGACAGCAUAGGAUAGACAAUAUGUAUUUUAAAUAAUCUAUGAAAUAAUUGCAGAGGUUCCCAGCGGAGUUUAUAAAACUCCUUUAAAUAGCUCCUAAAGCUGUAUGAACAAAAGGGCAGGUUGGGUUGUGGGUUGGGGCAGAGGGAGAGUUAACACAGCCUUGUCUCUGGUAGAAGGAUGAGUUGAUCCUUUUAAAUUUCUUUGAAGCCAAUGACUUAAGAGUUUCCAAGAAUUAAUAAGGUGAUCGUGGAAGAAAAGAGCAGUAAUUCUCUUGAAUUUGAUAAUUUGAAUUUACCAAAACCAAACCAAACCUGUUGCUGUCGAGUCGAUUCCAACUCAUACCAACCCUGUAGGACAGAGUAGAACUGCCCCAUAGGGUUUCCAGGGAGCGACUGGUGGAUUCGAACUGUCGACCUUUUGGUUAGCAGCCAAACGCUUAACUACUGGCGCCACCAGGGCUCCGAGAAGACAAUAUAGACUUAAAUAUAGAUUGAAUGGAUUAAUGGAUAUUAAAAUAAAUACAUGGAAGUAUUCCGAGUUGCCUUUAGGAAGUUACAAAUUUAUCCUUGGCUUUAGCUUUGUUUGAGUGAAUCUGGUCAUAAAGGGUAGGCACGAUGGUUAGAACAAUAGUUCUGGAGUUAGGUAGGGUUCAAAUCCUAGCUCUACUACUUUGUAGUUGAGAAGCCUCUGGCAAGUAGUUUAACCUCUCUGAGGCUCUUGUUUCCUCAUUUGUAAAAUGGGGAAAUAGUAUCUCCCUCAUAGUUGUUGUGAAGAUUAAGUGUGAUAAUGCAUAUAGUACAGUCUAGCACAGAGCAGGUGCUUAAUAAAUGGUAGCCAUGGUGAUGAUGACAAUGAUUAGUUGCUUUCUAGAGAAUUAUCUACACUGGAAAGUUUUCUGCUGAAGAGUAAAUUGGUAUUAUUUUAAAAAAGAAAUUAUAUAUAUGCUGGUCCAAAUAAAUAAACAACAAGGUCUUUAAUGUCACAUCUGAACAACAAAAUCUUAGUUUGGAAAACAAUGUUUCUGCUUACAUUCUCACCCUUCAGAUUAUGUAGCAGCAGUAUUUGAUUUGAUCCUGUUGAUUUAUAGGGAAGUGCCCUGCUUCUGAUGUAAUAACUGUAGCUCCUGCAUGACCUAAGCAUACUUUGAUUUUUCUUAAGUUGUAUAAAUAGAAAUUAUUCAAAUAUUGGCAUUAUGGUAUGACUCCAGCUAUUUAAAAUGGGCUGUGGGUCAUUAUAUUGUUCAAACUUGGUAUCUCUUUAAAGAGUGAACUUUUCAAUAGAAAAGUGGGCAAAGGACUUAAAUCUUUUUUUAUAAAUGAAGAAAUACUUAUUUAAAAUGUAUGAAAAUAUGCUUAAGUCAUUGUAGUAAAAAAUGCAUGUAAAACUAAAAUGUUCUUAUCUCUGAGAUUGACAAAGAUUAGAAAGGUGGAGAGUACCCAGUGUUCACUCUCAUAUUACUUAGUGUUGUUGGUCAAUUGGGACCAGCUUUCUGGAAAGCAAUCUGGAAAUGUUUAUCAAAAUUUUAAAAGUAAAUAUUCUUUGACUCAGCAGUUACACAUCUGGAAGUAUAUAAUAAGGAAAUAGGGAAAGAGUACACAAUCUAUGAUCCAGUAUGUUCACUGCGGCAUUGCUAAAAACACCUCCCCAAAAUGGAACCUAUAUAAACAUCUGUUAAUGAACAUUGGUUUAAAACUGUGGCACUAUAGAAGAGAUAUGGUGUGCCAUGGUGGCUUAAUUUCAGAGGAACCUAAAGCUAAGUUCAAAUCCUGCUCCCCCACAUGUAGCUGUAUGUUCUUGGGCAAGUUACUUAAUUUGGUUAAGUCUUGGCUUUCCUCCUCUCUAAAGUGGAAAUAAUAAUGGCCCAUGCUUUUUAGGGUUGCUGUGAAGAUUAAGAGAGAUGAUACACAUAAAACACAGUGUCAAGCACAAAAAAACUCGUAUGUUAGAAAAUAUUAUUACUGUAUGCGCCUUAAAAGGGAUGAAGUAGGUCUAUUUAUAUUAAUAUUAAAGGAUGUCUGUAAUAUAGUAAGGGAAAAGCAAGUUACAGAAUAGUUUUUAUGAACCCGUUUGUAUUAAAACUGUGUGUGUGUGUUUAUGCAUGCAUGGAAGUGUUUGGAAGGACAUAAUAAUGGCUGAAAUCUGAUGAGCACUUGACUAAGUCUUAGUCACUGUUCUAAAUGCUUUACAUACAUAUUAUUACUCUGUCACUUUAUUAAAAUCAGUUAGUGAAUGUAUUUAAAGUGCUUGAAACAAUACUUGCACUUUGUAAAGUACUCAAUAAACACUAGCUAUUCUCACAUCCUGCCAUUAUCUCUGUUUUGUAGAUGAGGACACUGACACCCUGAGAGGUCUCACAGAUCAUAAGUGGCAGAGCUGAAAUUUAAAUCCAGGCAGUCUAACUCCAGUCUACCAGCCAGUAGUUAAAACUGGAUAGUAUGGGAGUUUCUGUUACUAUGGCAAUGACGGCAGGGACUACACCAACCUUUCCUAUGAGCAACCAUACCCGGGAGAGAGUGACAGUAGCCAAGCUCACAUUGGAGAAUUUUUACAGCAAUCUAAUAUUACAGCAUGAAGAGAGAGAAACCAGGCAGAAGAAAUUAGAAGUGGCCAUGGAAGAAGAAGGAUUAGCAGAUGAAGAGAAAAAGUUACGCCGAUCACAACAUGCUCGCAAAGAAACAGAGUUCUUACGGCUCAAGAGGACCAGGCUUGGCUUGGAUGACUUUGAGUCUCUGAAAGUUAUAGGAAGAGGAGCUUUUGGAGAGGUGCGGUUGGUCCAGAAGAAAGAUACAGGCCAUAUCUAUGCAAUGAAGAUACUGAGAAAGGCUGAUAUGCUUGAAAAGGAGCAGGUGGCCCAUAUCCGAGCAGAAAGAGAUAUUUUGGUAGAAGCAGAUGGUGCCUGGGUGGUGAAGAUGUUUUACAGUUUUCAAGAUAAGAGGAACCUUUAUCUAAUCAUGGAAUUUCUACCUGGAGGUGACAUGAUGACGUUGCUAAUGAAGAAAGAUACCUUGACAGAAGAGGAAACACAGUUCUACAUUUCAGAAACGGUUCUGGCAAUAGAUGCAAUCCAUCAGUUGGGUUUCAUCCAUCGGGAUAUUAAACCAGACAACCUUUUAUUGGAUGCCAAGGGUCAUGUAAAAUUAUCUGAUUUUGGCUUAUGCACGGGAUUAAAGAAAGCUCACAGAACUGAAUUCUACAGAAACCUCACACACAACCCACCAAGUGACUUCUCAUUUCAGAACAUGAACUCAAAGAGGAAAGCAGAAACAUGGAAGAAGAACAGGAGACAACUGGCAUAUUCCACAGUUGGGACGCCAGAUUACAUUGCUCCAGAAGUAUUCAUGCAGACUGGUUACAACAAAUUGUGUGAUUGGUGGUCUUUGGGAGUGAUUAUGUAUGAAAUGCUAAUAGGAUAUCCACCUUUCUGCUCAGAAACACCUCAAGAAACAUACAGAAAGGUGAUGAACUGGAAAGAAACGCUGGUAUUUCCACCAGAAGUACCUGUAUCUGAGAGAGCCAAGGAUUUGAUUCUAAGGUUUUGUAUUGAUUCUGAAAAUAGAAUUGGAAAUAGUGGAGUAGAAGAAAUAAAAGGUCAUCCCUUUUUUGAAGGUGUAGACUGGGGGCACAUCAGGGAAAGACCAGCAGCAAUCCCUAUAGAAAUCAAAAGCAUUGAUGAUACUUCAAAUUUUGAUGACUUCCCUGAAUCUGAUAUUUUACAACCAGCGCCAAACACCACAGAGCCGGACUACAAAUCCAAAGACUGGGUUUUUCUUAAUUAUACCUAUAAGAGGUUUGAAGGCUUGACUCAGCGUGGCUCUAUCCCCACCUACAUGAAAGCUGGGAAAUUAUGAAUGAAAUCACUUUCGCCCACACCCAAGAGAACUCAGGUAGCUGCAUCACCAGGCUUGCUUGGCGUAGAUAACAAUACACUGAAAUACUCCUGAAGACGGUGGUGCUUAUUGACUACAAGAGGAAAUUCUACAGGAUUAGGAUUUCUAAGACUACUACAGGAAUUGGUUGGCAGUGCCAGCUGGCUUUUUUUUUUUUUUUUAAUAUUUUAUUAUUUUUGUUAACUUUAUUAUACGAAGGUACUGGAAUAAAAGGAACGUACAUCCCUUUCUAACUGCACUGCCUAUAUGCGUAUUAAGGUCCAUUCUGCCUGUGUGUUCUGUGGCUUUCUACUGUAACAUUUUUAAUCAAUUCAGGAGAAACACAUAUCAUUUAAAGCAACAUAGGCUAACCUGUAGGUAACACUGCAGUAUUGCUGUUUUACUGCAAAUCUUAUGGGUCUAGAUAAUCAGUAAAAGCCAUCUUGCAUAGCUGUUGUUAGAAGACUUGCCCUGUUGGUUUGGACAUCUAUAGAAUAUAUAUAUGAAUUCAAUUUCUAUAAUGGUUUUAAGAAAUUUAAAAAAGGAAAUACACUGGUUAUUUAAAAAAUAAAAUUUAUGAUCAUGUUAUUACACAAACUCCACAGUAGGGAAUGACAGGUUUAUAAUAAGGAAGAGGAAGUUUAACACCUUCGCUCAACCACUGCACUAAUAUAUUCACUUUGCAUUCAGAAAUGCUGAUGACCUUUAUAUACAUAGUCUCUGUACUCAUAGGGAGAUGUACUGUAUUAUAUAAAAUGUAAAGUUGCUUUUCUUGAGACCAGAAGACUUCGUUUUUAAUAAGAGAACAUGGCAUUAUUUUAAUUUGAUUAUGGUGAGUUGAAUUUAAGAAAUGACCACAAAGGCUGCUUGUAGAACUAGUGUAUUUUUAUUAAACUAUUUUUUUAAAUGUCAGACUUCUGAUCACAUAAAUGGACUUGUAGAGAACAAAGAGCUGUUUACUUUGGUUUUCUAGAAAGUUGUUACAUAUCAUGGCUUUUAUUUCUUUUGUUGAAAACAUUUUCCUUUGAUAGUACUUGUAUUGUUGUGCCAUUAUUUUCUUAUACUCCAAAUGUACCAAAGAUCAUGAACAGAGUGGAUGUUCACAGCCGAGUAGACUUCCUUUCCUGUAGGAAUGCUGUAUUCAGACAUGACAGGUCUUUGAUAGAAGUGAGCUUAUUCAAGGGCAAUAUUGUUCAUGUUCAGCUUCAUCACUGUGGUUUAUGUAGGUGGACUUCAGGAAAUAAAUGCAGUCCAGGGGGGUUGUAAUGAGAGGAUAGGAGAGAGAACGUCAGCACUAAAUAAUUUGGUGAAUGAAAUAAUCUUUUCUGAGUUAACAUUUUAAUUCUAAAACAAUUCUCUGAGGUUUUGGUUUCGUAAGUACAAGUUGAGGAGUAACACUUUAUCAAAGAAUGGCCUAAUGGUUGUCUUAACUGUUGAUUGAUAGAAUUCGUUUUAAAUAUAGCAAUUAUAAGCAUUGCAAAUGAUCUCUGAUCAAAAUCUAAAGUGACUUAUUUAUAGGAAUGUUCUUCCUAGCAAGGAAGAAUAGCAUAGGAGCAUUAUGCAAAUCUACAAAAGCUUUUACAUAUGUUGCUGCUAGGUAGCUCCACAAUGUUUCAAUAAGGCCAUCGAGGGUUUUUUUUCCUUGUUCUUUUUUUUUUUUUUUUUUUUUUUUUUAGUAUUUGUUGAGUACUUAUGUGUUCAUGUAAUAUUUCAUCUCCAUUUUUCUUGACUAGAUCAUGUGGCUGAGUAUCUCGGAGAGAGCUAUUAAAAUUCUGGGAUUAUCUGAAUUUGGCUAUGAAUUUUCUAACUAUAACUGCCUUUAAUUUUUAAAAUAACCUUUAACAUCUGCCAGGAUUUAACAGAUUUUCUCCCCACCUACCCUUUUUUAAAAAGAACUGUUUUGCUAGUGUGAUGGUGAAUGGGUAAGAUAUGAGGACAUUGCAGUGUUCUCCUGUUCUAGUACAGAAAAACAUCAUUAAUUGAAGUUGAGAGAGAUUUGAGAGGUUGAUAUAAAAGAGCUGAACUACCUAAAUUUACUUAUUAAUUGAAUAAAAAUAGAGCACUGUGUUAUGAUCAGGAAGCACUUGGAAAUAAUUAUGAUUUCCUGGCAGUGGAAGUGUAGUGCUAUAAAGUUUACUUUGUUUAGAGUCUCAUUUUUCCCUGGAGUUAAUAGGGUGAUUCACAAUCUUUGGGGUUUUCUCUUCAUCAAAAACAUUUCUUAAGUGCCUAUCUAAAAGCAACGAAAGACUGUAUCUGCCCUUUGGAAGCUAAGAAUUUGAUUCAUGAUGCAAAUUAGCUAGAUAAUUUGCAAAGUACCCUUGAGAUUGAAUUUUCUCUGUUAUACAUUUCCCAUACUUCAGGUGAACCAUUUAAUUUAAAUGAUAAAACCCUAUCUAAUCAACUGGGCAUAAUGACAUUUUCUUUAAAUUGGACUAUUUUGAAUUAAAAGCGUUUUAUUAUAAACUGUGUGUUCUUGGUUUUUCUAAGUAUAUAGAACGCUUGUAUAACUCAGAUUUAUUGAUUUCCUGGUUUAAUGUAGAUUUUGUCUUUUUUAUUAAAAAUAUUUGUAUUAAAGCAAGUUAUGUUA